GAAAGUUACAAAACGGAUCAAUAGCGCGGGAGUUUUCAUAACAGCGUGUUUAAGGAAGUGUGUUGAAUAACCUGACCUGCGUAGACAUGGAUGCAGAUAAAAGUGAUACAAGUUUAAAGACGAUGCAACUUUUACAGGAAAGGACACCUCCUCAGGAGACUGGAAAGGAUGGACCCGUGCGUCGGACGUCCCGGAGGAUCACAGAAAAACAAAACCGAGAAAAGAAACAAAUUUUCCCCCCAAAAUGUCUGACAUUUAUGUCUGAGAAAAAUGACCAUGUGAAAGAAGAAAAUAUUCAAGAGACACAAAUAAAGCAUGAUUUGGAAUCUCUUCACGGUAACCGUGGGGGUUUGUCUAAAUAUGAGCUGGAGCGACUGGAGAAUAUCAGACAGAACCAGGCCUUCCUCAGUUCCCUUAAGUUACCUCAGGUUUCUGAAGCUCUGAGACCCAAGCCAAAACCUACUCAGAAAGGCCUGAAAAGGGAAAAGACAGAACCAGAGAUGCUCCCUGUUCGCAAGUCACUGCGGUUACAGAACAAGGGUCCUCAGAAAGCCACCACUCUAGAAAUGACUUUCUCUACAGUCAGAGAGCCUGAAGAAAAAGCAAGAAAAGCCCCAGGACCAAUAGCACUUGAUCCAAUCAACCUGGACGAACAUGUCAGGCUGCCUGAAGAUUUGAUAAAUCUCUGGAAUGAGGUCCCAUUAAAACAAGAAACAGGAAUGUCAGAUUUGAAAUCGUACCAACAAAUGCUGCAGAACUUAUCCAUCAAUGACGGUUGUGUGGUGAAAGUUGUGAAAGAGCGAAUCUGUUCUGCAGCUUUUCACCCCUCUUCAUCCAGCUUGCUCAUGGCAGCAGGAGACAAGUGGGGCCACGUGGGACUCUGGAAGCCGGAUGCAGAAUGGGGUGAUGAUGGUGUAAUCUACUUUGAGCCCCACUCUCGUACAGUUACCAGCAUGGCCUUCUCAUCUCACCCUUGCAACCUUAUAACAGUAAGCUUUGAUGGCUCUGCACGCAGCAUGGACCUGGAGAAAGCAGUGUUUGAUGAGGUGUAUCGCUCUCCCUCUGGCCUGAAAAGUUUUGACUUUUUGACGACCGACUGCUCCACUUUACUACUCGGUCUAUGGAAUGGGGAUGUUGCCGUCGUUGAUCGUAGAACUCCUGAGAAGUUACAUGAAUCUCUGUAUACCAUGGCUGCAAAUCCACUGCGCUGUGUUCAUGUCCAUCCUGUGCAACAGCAUUACUUUGUAGUGGCAGAGAACAGUUUUGUAAACAUAUAUGACUUGCGCCAUCUGAAAAGAAGAAACAAUAAAGCAGUUGGUGAACUCACCGGUCACAGCCGCAGCGUAUCCAGUGCCUUUUUCUCUCCACUCACAGGAAACCGAGUUCUGACCACUUGUAUGGACGACAAGAUCAGGGUAUUCGACACUUCCAAAAUUAAUGGCAGGACUCCUGUACUAAAAUCAAUUACGCACAACAUGCAGACAGGUCGGUGGUUGUCCAAACUAAGUGCAGUGUGGGAUCCAAAGCAGCAAGAAUGUUUUGUGAUUGGUAGUGUGGACAGGCCUCGCCGAAUUCAGGUAUAUCACGAGAGUGGCCGCCUUCUUCACACUUUUCGAAACAUGGACCACCUGACCACGGUGUGCUCCAUCACAGCUUUCCACCCAAACAGGAACAUUCUGCUUGGAGGAAAUUCAAGUGGGAGGCUGCACAUAUUUACUGACUCUUUUAUCAACUAGAAAAUCUUAAUUCUUUUACCCGUUUGUUGAUUUGAGUCCCUCUUUUUCCCUUUCUGUACACCGAAAAGUAUUUGCUUUUACUCUGUUUUAUAUCAAAUAUGCUAUUUGUUUUUGUUCCUGUAACAUGUUAUAAUAAAGAUGAUAUAAACUCUUGAAUAAUCUUAUCUUGGUCACUUUUUUUCCCCCCUAAAUAAUGCCUCUUGAUAAAGUAACUGAACCUAG